AGUGGGCAAUUCGGCCCGAGCCAUUCCGACACGAGCCGGCGGAUCGGCAGGCUCGCCGCGGCAGGCUCGAGAUGCUGCCGAGCGUCGCCCCCCAUGGCAGCGAGCCCCCAGUGCAGUCGCGCACAUGGCCCGCCAGGUCGCUCGCGUGCUCCGCAGGCACAUGCGCCGUGCCACAGGCCAGCUCCUGGGCAGCGCGCCCGACGGGUCGCCGGCGAGCCGCCGCGGGCUGCGCCGCGCUGGCCGCGUCCGGCCUGGCCUCUGCGCGGCGGCGGCGAAGACGAGCCAGCGGUCGCGGUGGCACCGCGCGCCGCGCCUGGGGCGCGCCGCCCCCCCCGCCGCCGUGGUGGCGGGGGCUGAACGGCUGGCUGCUGGGGGGGAUGGCGGCGGGCCUCCUCGCGCUGGCGGCACGCUACUUGCGCAGGGGCAGCAGCAAAGACUCGCUCGCUGCUGCCGCGAGGCGUCUGGAAGCGAGCAUGGGCGCGGCGGCGCAGGCAGCGGUGUCGCCUCAGCCACAGCCGGCGCCGCCAGCGCCAGCGGCGCCCCUGCCGCGAGCCGCUGCAGCAGCCGCCUCCUCUGCGCCAGCCCCGCCACCGCCCGCAGCUGCUCCAGCGGCGCCAGCGCCAGCGGCAAGCGCCGCGGCGUCGCCAGCACCAUCGCCGGCGGCGAGCCCCCAGCCGCCACCGAUGUCAGCACCGGCACCAGCACCGGCACCGGCGCCAGCGCCAGCACCGGCACCGGCACCGGCGCCGGCGUCGGCGUCGACGGCCAGCGCCGCCUCGGCGGCACCACCGCCAGCGCCAGCGCCGGCGUCGGGUCCCCCAACGGACAAGACGGCCACCGCUUCUCCAGUGGAGGCGCCUGUUGCGAGCUCACCUGCGGCGGACGUGCCGAGGAAGCUGUCGCUGGCAGACGGCAGGGAGGUGCGGGUGUUGAAAGACAGAGCAGAUGUGAUUCGAGCCAUGGUUGACGAACUGGAUGAUGCAGCGCGCUCCGCGAUCGCAGAGAAGGGCGCAUUCUCAGUCUGCGUGCCAGGCGGCUUCGGCCCUGCCGACGGCGUCGAGGCUGGCGCGCAGUCUUGUGUCGCAGAGGCGAUGUCCCUGCUCGCUGGGAGGCAGGGGCUCGAUUUUUCAAAGUUCCACAUCUUUUUCGCUGGGGACCGCCUUGACGUCCAGGAGUCCUACAAGGGGGCCUGCGACACCUGGGUCAAGGAGUGCCGCGUGCCCCUCGAGCAGGUGCACGGUGUGGCCCCUGGCCCGCCAGAGGGGGCCGCGGCGCAGUACACGGCACUCAUCUGCAUGCAGGAGGAGAACGUGAUCGCGGACAGCCCCUCGGGCUUGCCAGCUGUGGACCUGCUGCUGCUGGACGUGGGGGAGGGCGGCACGGUCGGCCGCGUCCGGCCAGGCUCAGCCGUGGCGCGGCGCGCGGGGGACGACAACGUCGUCAUCCCCGUGGAGGAGCCCGGCCAGGAGGCGCUCGCGCUGUCCCUCGACUUCAUGUCCGCGUCCGGCCGCGCCGUGCUCGCCGCGGCGGGCGGGGAGGGCGGGCCGCUGCGCGGGGCCGUGGCCGCGGCCCUGGGAGGGCCCGACGUCGGCGCCGCCAGCCCUGCGGGCCUGGUCAGGGCGCAGCGGACGCUGUGGCUGCUCGAUGCCGACGCCGCCGCGGACCUGCCGCGCACGGCGUGAGGCGGCCCGUCUUCGUCGGCCCUUGCGGGCCUCGUCGGGGCGCGGCAGAAACGCCGCGGCUGCUCGGCGCCGGUGCCGCUGCGAGCUCUACUGCCGCGCGGCGCGAGGCGCCCCUCGACUGCCGCGGGCGCAUAUGAGAA